AUGUUGGUAUUGAUGUCGCCUAGACUUGGCUAUCAUAUAGCAAAGAAUAGCAAUUUGAUGUUGCGACCUAUUUCAAUUUUGAGAUUCAAAUCAAGUGUUCCUUCAGCAAAGCAGAGCAAAAACAACUUACCAACAGAUGGAGUCCCCAAAAAAUCUUUACCUUCUGAAGGAGAGUGGAAACAUUUAAAAUUACAUAUUCCAGGUGAAAAUGUGCAAACCAAUGAUUUGAAGGACAGAAUACCUAAAUUCCCUUUGGGCAAGGAAAAUGUACCCACAUUAUUACCACGUCCAGGAGUACCUCAGGUGGGUAAAAAUUUCACAUUCCGACAAGUUAUUGGGAUUUUGAAAAAUAAGACUCAACCAGAAUUGAUAUAUGAAAGUGAGCCUCAUCGAUUAUAUUUUUUAAUGUGUUUUUGUGCAUCGAUUGUGUUUGCAGUAUAUGGAUGUGUGUUAUUUGAAUGGGCCAUAUGGAUAGCCAAUAAAGAAUACGAUGAAAAUGAAAAAGAAGAGACCAAUGAAGCAAUUCGUAAACGAGAAUGGGCUAUAUCUUUACUCAUGUACUUAGCUCCAUCGGCUUCCUUGUUUUUAUUGGCUUAUGGUGCAGCUCUUUUCCCAACAAAACUUGUCAGAAGAAUCUGGUAUUUGCCUGGACCCGUUGAACAUAUUAAAUUUACGUCGUAUCCGUUCAUUCCCGGUAGACCAACUCCGGUGUAUACCAUGCCUUUGGAGAAUUUAAAGAGAAAACACACAACCAGAGUAUGGACUGGUAAAGGAUUUUAUGGGACUGCUGACAAAGGGUUUUUUUACUUUACUUUAUUGGAAACAUUACCUAAUGGGAAAACCAAAAAUUGGAUUGUCGACAGAAAGGGGUUCUUUUGGUCUGAUGGGAGAGUGUUUGAUUAUUUAUUUGGUAAAGAAACUUUGCAGGAGGCAGAGGCAGGUGUUCCUUAUGACAAACAAUUUAAUAUAAUCAAUCAGGAGAUGAAAAAGAAAAAGCAACAAUUGAGGGAAAAGCAUGGAGUAUUUUGGAGAUAUAAGAUGGCAGCAAAGGAAUUUGGAAAAGAUAUCAAAAAAUUGGGAGGCUAUAUCACCAAUACCAAAUCCAUAGAUAGUGAAAAAAAGACCGCUAAUGGUAAACAAUUACCAAAGGGGAAAUAG